CUUCUUUACCCUAUUCGCCAGAGCGCGCAGCAAACAACAAAACACAGAGUGCUCAAAAACAACGAAAUCAACUGCCAAAAAAUCUUAAUCAAUUGACUUUCGCUAAAUAACUUCAAAAUGUGGCCAGCAAUUAAAGGAAGCAUUAAAAACCCGCGUUCAGUGCUAAAAUCUUUAGAUUUUAAGCCAACUCCAGUGGCCCGACCGUUUAGUGGUCCCCUUAAACGGGCUACAUGCCAAACAGAGGGACCACUAAACAUUAGGCGAAGACGACGGCACAAGGAAAACAUCGAUAAACGAGCGGGCCAAAGCAACGCUGCAAAAUGUUUGUAAACAGCCGCCGCAACCGCCAGGUGGCGCUGUGUCCCGAGCAUUGCCAGAUAAAAAAAACACCAAUGCUGCUCUGAAUUGUGAACGCCAUUUUUAUUGCAAGAAAGAAAGCCAGAGUUUUCAAGCAAAAACGCGAUAAAUUAACGUGUGAUUAUUUUAGUAAGCCAAAGAAAAAAUGAUUUAAUCGAAUUUCAAGUGUUUUGGCGUGCGAGCAGAGCGUGUGGCGCUAAAAAGUUCCAAGUUUUGGAAAGUCGAAGGAGGUGUGUGUAGCUUCCAAAAAUGGAACAAUAUAUAGUGCCCUUAGAGGAGCCCGUCUACUCGGAUCUACAGGUAGUGCAAGUGCCCCAAGAUGAGGUUGGGUCCUUGGUGCUCCAGGAUGACCAGCAGUUGGUGUUUAACGACCAACAGCAAGUGGUUUAUCAAACGGCGACUCCUGCUCAAUAUCAACAACCUCAACAGUCAGCUGCACCCACAUACCACAUCAUCGGAGGCGAUGAUCUCGCCCAGCAGCAGCAACAACACCAACAGCAGCAGCAGCAGCAGCAACAACCCCAACAACAACAGGUAGUGAUGCACCAUCAGCAACACCAAGUGCAGCAGGUUCACUACCAGCAGCAGGAUGCCCAGCAGCAGCAACAGCAGCAGCAGCAACAACUGCACUUAGAGCAGCAACAGCAGCAGCAGCAACAACAACAUUAUGUGCAGCACCAGCAGCAGCAACCCGCCAUUCAGCAUACACAGCAGAUUUACUACACUUCAGAGCAAGUUCUGCAACCAAAUGCCAUUGUACAACACAUGCAGCAGCAAAAGAAACAACAACAGGUACUGCAGCAGCAGCAACAACAGCAGCAGCAACAGCAGUACCAGCAGCAUGCACCCACCUAUCAGGUGCAAACGGCUCCCCAAGGCCAACCCCAACUGCUGCAGAGUCCCCAGCAGCAGCAUCAGCAAACGCAGCAGCCGCAAACGUUGCAAUUGCAGACAUCGCCAGCGCAACAGCAACCGCAGCAGCACCAGCAGAUUGUCUACCGAAUGACCACCACCCAGCAGCCACAAAGACCCAUAGGUAUGCUCAACAAUACGCACGUGAUUGUGCAACAGCAACCCGUGUUGAUCCAGGCCCAGCAGCACCAGGAGCUUAUUAUGCGCCAGACCGCCAUUCAUCCUUACAACAAUCGCGUCGUUUAUACCACAUCGCCGCAACAGCAGCAGCAGCAACAGCACGUCAUCCAGCAACACGUACAGCAGCAGCAGGUGCAGCAACAACAAGUCCAGCAGCAACAGCAGAUGCAGCUGCAGGCCACCGCGCAAACAGCCCAUUUGGUUCAGGCCCGAGUGGUGCCGCAGCAAACGCAAAACGUCGUGUACCAGCAGUUGCAAGUGCAAAAGGUUCCGCAGCAUCAGCAGCAGGCGCCACAGCAGCCGCAGCAGCAACAACCUCAGUUGGUUGCUCAGCAGCAGUCGCAACUAGUGACCACCACUGCCACGGGAGGAACACAAAUCGUGAGGACCUCGUUCAGAAAAAAUUCCCAAAGAGGAGCACUUUUGGCCAGGCCAGGAACACUUAUAACCACCAGGCCCACUCUCACGCCCACUACCAUCGUUCGACAAGUGCGACCGCGCGGAGGGGCGGUGGGUGGUGUGCAAGGCGGGCUGGUUAGGAACAUGCGUCCCACGGGCGUGCGACCAACUCGAGCUCAGCUGGUGGUGCAGACGAGCGGCGGCGAAGGCCAGACCAUGCAAAUAGUGACUCCCACCCAAAUGAAGCACAUUACGAUCAGCACGAAUCUCGGUCAGCCGCAGCAGCAGGCGCAACAGCAGCAGCCGCGUCACAUCUUUCGCGCCCACAUGGUUACUGAUGGAAGUCCCCAGCAGCAGCAGCAACAACAACAGCAGCCACCGCAGCAGCAACACCAACACAUGCUAAUGAUGCGCCAAGCUCCGAUUCGUUAUCGCGCUCCCGUAAGCUUGGCUUCGCAAGUUUCGGCACCAGUUCAGCCUGCUGCGCCUGCGGCAAAUCCUGCAUCUGGAGUGGUUCAACCGAGUAACAUCGGCAUGGACUUGGAGGAACGCAUUCAGGCGGCCGUGCUAAAGAAGGAACAACAAAAACCCGCACCGCCCACACAAGCCGUGGCGCCCAACCAACUGCAACCGAUGCAAAUAGGAACGGGCACCACGUUGACCACUUACUAUCCCGGGGGAGCAGCCCCGCAGGAAGAGGAGCAACAGCAGCAGCAGCAGGUAGUUCAGAAUCAGGCCCAAGGAAUACGUCCUGCCAGCGGGGCCAGCAUGACCCUGGCAGAGUACAAGAAGCGGCAAACGCUAACAGCCUCGCCGGCUCCUGUUCCCGCACCAAAUCCUGGCUUGGCACCCAUGCGACCAAAUGCGCCGGGAGCUCUGGUUCGUCCCACGGCAAAAAUAACGCCCACACAAACCUGCGGGCGGCUUGCCCCCGGCACUAGGAUCAUGCAGCCUCAGCGGGCGGUACCGGCCGCAGUGGUGGCUCCUCUGCCUGCGCCAGCAUCAACUACCCAAAGUUCCUCAGUGAUGAAGACCUCGCACAAUAACUACGAGAUCCACUCACAACAUGUGCUGAAUAACCGAGCUGGCCAGGAAAUAGCGGAGCGCGACAAGAACAGUGCCAAGAUGUUGGUAAUCCUGGCCAGCGGUGAGCAGCGUUUGAUCACCUUCACGCUGCCCCGUGAAUCCUGCACGGUGCAGGAUCUUCUCGAGCAGGUGGGCGUGCCAUUCGAUCACACCACCACCAUCCAGUGCGUCGAGCAUCGCGGUGCCAACGUGGACUUCGUGGUCACCGUGGGAUUCUCGGUGAACGAAUCGGCCAGCGAACUUAUUUCGCGGGCGGAGGAGAGUCUGCAGAUGAACCGUUCGCAGGAGAACCAAGCACCGUCAGCCGGUAAUCCCAAUCCUGCCACCUCGAACGCUUCACCUGCCUACGCACAAGCAAAUGCCGCCGCCGAGCAGGCGAAACGCGAAGCAGCCAGUUCGGCAAGUGGAAAUACUUCGGUUGGGGGAGUUUCCUCAGCCGGAUCCUCGGCAUCUGCGCCUUUGGAGGGCAAAAAACUUAUUGAUGGCUUCCUGGCCGUCUGCCAGCUGUGUGGCUUCACUGGAAUGGAUCAUGCCCGCUGUGAGCGGUGCAAACGAGUCUUCCCGGAGCCGCCGAAACGCAAGUCCUACAUACCCAAGUCCAGCGCUGCAUCCUCGCCAGCUUCUUCGACAUCCAGCGAGCCUGUGAGCGCAGCUGUAACCGCGGCGGAAAAGAAACGAGAGUUGGCAGCAGCCCGAUUCAGCAAACAGAUGGCCGGAGUGACCUAUGGGUCGACGGGAGUGGGAGUCGGAGCACGGGGCCGGGGACCCAUGGCCAUGAGGGGCGGAAGGGCAAGAGGAGGCAGAAGAGUGCCCGAAGUUGAUCCCGUGGUCCUGUUGAGCAGCGAGGACGAAGCUGACGAAGGCGAGGGAAACUCAGACACGGGAAAUCAACCCACAAACAAUUCCAAACUCAAUUCCAACGGCAAUCUGCAUGAAUUGUCAGCCGCUUUUGCCUGCGAACCAAAUCUGCCAGAGAUCGAUGAGGAGCCGCUGUACAAAGAUUUUACCCGUGGCGACGUUACGAAUCUUUCGGAUGUUACGGACGCGGAGAAGUUCUCCACCUCCUUGAACUGCAGCUGCGUUCGCUUGGUUCCCUACAGAUUCGAGAUUACUGAGCCGGUGUGCUUCACAUCGAAGGGCGUUCGGAUUGCCGGCAUCCUGAAGGACAAGGACGAGAAGUUCGUGCUGCACAUCCACAAGAAGGAGGUCAUCAAGGUGAUCGCCCACUUCGGAAAUGUUGAACCCGCUCAGCCACUGGUCACUUUGUAUCUCUUAAAGACCUGCGCGCAAUAUGUCAAGAGCCAGCUCCAGCUGCCCGACGAUCAGCCUAAUGAACAAGCCGGCUUUAAGACGCACAGCUAUCACACCCGUCGGCUUAUUCUGCUCUUCGACAGCGUAACCUUAACCGUCCGCGAACUUAUCAAGUCAAUGUUCAACUGUGUGGAUGAGAUUUCCGCCACUGACGCCGCCGAGAUUCUAGAGAGGCUCGCCGACUCCGAUCGCAAGACGCAGGACAAGAGCUCACAGCCACCGCCGCGCCAGCUGAGAGCGGACGAGCAGGUCAGCCUGUUGAUGUAUCCGCCCAAGGGAACAGGAAGUCUUUGCAUCCGAAUGGAGGACUACGUGUGCCUCACCAAGGAGUCCUACCUCAACGAUAUUAUCAUUGACUUUUACCUGCUCUGGCUGAGAAAUACAUUGAUUCCAGAACCCCAGCGAGAGAGAACGCACAUCUUCAGCACAUUCUUUUACAAGAGAUUAACAACAUUGACGCGCCCAGCGGACAUGAAGCAAACGGCAGCACAGAAGCGGCACGCCAGGGUGCAGAAGUGGACCAAGGUGGUCGAUAUAUUCGACAAGGAUUUUAUUAUAGUGCCCAUUAAUGAGCAGUCGCAUUGGUUCCUAGCCAUCAUAUGCUUCCCUAAUCUGAAAGGCCCUGUGACUUUCGAUACCAACCAACCCGUGGAACCGCAGCACUUGAAGCGUGCACGGGGCAAGAAGGUGUCCCUGCAGAUUGGCAACACCACCAUCACUCCGCUGAAACGUGGCGAGGGUGGACAACUUCCGGCGGCUCUGACGGCGGACAACGUUUGUCGGAUAGCAGACGAUGAGAGCGAGAGGGACGAGGCUGAGGGCGAUGACAGUGACAUGGCCUCGGAGGACAGUGAAAACUCCAACUCGGCCAAGGAGCCAGCGGCCCUGCCCACCUCAACAACUACAAGCACUCCCAGCCAACCUAGUUCACAGUCCACUCCCAGCGGUCCAGCGAGAAACAUUGCUUCCGAUGAAGUUCCGGCCGUCAAGCAACCGCUGAUCCUCAUCUUCGAUUCACUGGCGGGAGCUUCGCGAAGUCGGGUGGUGGCCACGCUGCGGGAUUAUCUCACAUGCGAGUACCGGGUGAAGAAGCCGGAUGCGCAGGCGCACGUCUUCAACAAGGACAACAUGCCGGGCCACUGCGUCAAGGUGCCGCAGCAGAACAACUUCACCGAUUGCGGCUUAUAUCUACUGCAGUAUGUGGAGCAGUUCUUUGGCGAGCCGAUCAGAGACUACAGGCUUCCCAUCAAGCAACUGACCAAUUGGUUCGAUUUCCUCACUGUGACCAAGAAGCGCGAGGAUAUAGCCAAUCUUAUCCAGCAGCUGAUGGACGAAGGCAACCAGCAGCAAAGGCUGAUAUUGCCGGUUAUUGAGUUCCCCACCCUGAACGGGCAGUUGGUGGAGUAUCCCGAAGACACGGAAAGCGCCGAGUUUGAGGAGGAGGAGGGUCACGACGAUGAGGACCCCGGUAGUGAAUUGCACGAUGAAAAUAAUGCCGGCACUGACAUGGAAGUGGAUCCCGUUACGGAGGAUUCAACGCAGGGAGCGAAAACACCGUCAGUGGGCACCGUUACCACCACAACGACGACCACGACUGGCAAGCGAUUCGUGCUAAAGCGGCGCCUGCACAACGGGUCCAUAUCGAGUCCCAGCAAUGGAAACGGAGAGGCCAGCAGUAAUGGAGGCGCUUUGGUGCCCCAAUUGGUGAGCACGGCGACCGCAUCCACAGGAGUUUCGCCAGGAGUCCCCCACAUGGCACCACGUGGACCCAGCGGGGCUCUGAAGAUUCGAAAGAUAGACCCGUAGCACCAACAGAUUCUCGCCCUGCGAGCCCAUGAUCUGGAUGCGCAAAUUCCCCACCUGCCUGCGCUGCUCCAGCUGCCACAGCUGCGGCACCACCUGUAAAUACACAUUAAACAUUCAUCGGUUAUUAAUAUUAUGUAUCUAAAGUUUUGCCCUUAAAAGAAAUAAAUCCUAAAAUAAAGACUACAUACAUAUAUGUAUUUAAUACAAUGAAAA